AUGACCCGCGGUAACCAGCGCGAGCUCGCCCGCCAGAAGAACAUGAAAAAGCAGAGCGACUCGGGUAAAGGGAAGCGCCGAGAUGACGGGCUUUCUGCUGCCGCCCGCAAGCAGAGGGACUCGGAGAUCAUGCAGCAGAAGCAGAAAAAGGCAAACGAGAAGAAGGAGGAACCCAAGUAG